AUGGGUGGUGAAGGUCCCACCAUCGCCAUCAUCCGGGGCCUGAAGGUUCGAGUCCCAGUGCUAGACUCUUUCCUUAGAGCAAACAAGCUUGAUGAGACACACGGCAUGGCACCCUUCUACGAUGUGGAGAUACACGUACCCGUAUAUUCGUUCCCUCGAAACAAGGCCAUAAUCAGAGCAAUUUCGCAUAUGUUGCCUAUGCUUGGGAGAUGGUCUACGGGCAAAAGGAGAUUUACCUAG